UGGAUUUGCAUGGAUUCACCAUAUGCAUGUAAAUUGUUUAAGUCGGUACAGGCUGAUGUCAAACCGGGCAGCAGCUCCGCAGUCUCAAUGUUUGAGCAAAUUAACAGCCAAGAAGGAUCGCGCGAGAAAAGGGCCCUCUCCCUCUCGUCUGCAAUGCCUUGUCAGUCAGAUUCGUCAUAAAAAAAUACUUGCUGUAUCAUUGCGCGAUUUUGUUACACUUAGAAAUCCUCCCAAUCUAUAAAUAAAUGCCGCGCUGAAAUUCGCCACAUGCCGAUGGUGGAGCAAUCGACGGAUGUGUGUAAUUAUCCUUAACCAAACCUUUCUGCGAAGAAACUAGUAUGUCUGGCCCAGCGCACUGCGCGGACACGGAAAACACAAAAUGCAUGUUUCGCCGUCACAGUCUCAAUGCGACAUGUGCCAGUCAGUACGCUCCAGCAAUUAAGUUGUCUUGCCCAUGUUUUCCCCAUAGAAAACUGCCCCUGUUUUAUGGAGUACAGCCAGACACACUCGGAAGAUGGACAGCGACCAGGCCGCCCAGCCAACACGCUCAAACAGGUUGUGUAUCGGCCGCUGGUGCUGCAGUGUGGCACCACGGGGCAGACAGCGCAACGGCGGACGUUUAAGACAUGGUUUCUGUGCUGGCCGGAUGUGUGUAAUCCCCACUGGACGGUGAUCAUCUGGGCGGUGUUCAGUUUGGCCGCCUACUUUGUCGAUGUGGGUCUGGAUGUGGUGGAAGCGGUCAAGUAUUAUCGUGUGGGUGAUGAUUUCUGGGCCAGUGCCAUUGUGUCGUUUAUUGCGCUGCCCUACGUGAUCUCCUUUGUGUAUUUUGUGAUUGCCUUGCGCCGGCCCAUUUUUGAGGUUUAUCCGGCGGGAAUGGUCUACUGGUCAUGGAAGACGGUCAAAGCGUACUGUGCCUUACCCUGCAAGCGCAACAUCAGUACUCCAGACGACGCCAAAAACUACAUUACCAAACUGCGAACAUUCCUGCGCUGUAAUCGUGAACGGACGCGCGCCUCCGAUCUCGAUGUGUACUUCGGCGCCAUCCCGCAGCUGAUCAUCCAGUCCUACAUUAUGCUGCAACGGGCCAUCGCCACCAACGUCUACGAUAUCCCCAUCAGUAGCUGGCUGUCCCUCUGCUCUUCAGCCAUCUUCGUGCUGCGCUACGAACCCAGUGCACGGCACGGUCAGAAAGGCAUGAUCGUCGAUCUGGAUACCGUCAUCGAGCCGGCCGUCUACGACUUUGUCAUGGAGAAUUUUUUCGAUUUCAUUUUCGUGAUACCGCGCGUUAUCGCCAUUGGCUGCUUUCUGACCGUGGGCUAUGCGACCGCGUUCGUGUACGUUCCAGCUAUCGGUUUCUUUUCGGUCCAUCUAACAGCGGCAUUUUUGUGGUUUUGGCUAUCCGCUCCGCGGCCCGAUAACGAGCAUCCGGAUCAUCGGCAGGCUGCCCGGGAUUUUCGGGGGACGCGCCGCUACCGCGACGAUUGGUUUGAGCAUGUGCAAGCGUCCAUUGCCUCGUUGAUUCUGCCGCCGACGAAUAAGGCGUGGCCAACGGAUUUCUUAUCGUGGAAGCAUCGGUUGCGGGCGGUCCUGACCCGGCAGUUCUGCGUAGUGACCGUCUUCCAGUUCGUGGAGACCGUGAUAAUGCUGGGAAUAUGGUGCGCCACGGCGUCAUAUCAGUUUGUGGUGGUUGUCACUGCUGUACCGGUGGUUGUAUGGAUCACCGGACGAAUGAUCUUUCAUGUGCUGUAUUACGCUUUUGUGCUGUUUCCGUUUUAUACGCGCGAAUGGGAAACUUGCGUGCGACGCAGAGGUUUGAUAGCAAAAAUGGAAAUUAUUCGAAUGGCGGAAGAAGUUGGCGGGUACUUUUGUCCAAAACUGGGCCCUCGACUGCGAAAAGUUCACAAGUUGAUCGUCCAAUCAGGCAGCACAGAACAACUCAAGGAAGAGCUGGAGUGGCUGUCGGAUCGUUUUCUUUCAGAGUCACUGGGACUUGGUGGUGGUAUCAAACGUGGCCGUACGCAACGGCAUCGACUGAUGGCUAUGGGUCCACAAGAGAAAGACCUAAUGAAAGCCGUACGCCGGUUAGCGGCACGGUGCCGGGAGUAUCUCCACGCCGGACAGCGCAUACCCGGUGAACUUACAAGCGAAUGGCUGCAGUUAAUUCGGCAAAACAACGACAUUGGUAAUUUUUGGAUGGAGGUUUUGCUGACCGCUGUCACUCAUCACUUCCUGCCCUCACGAUUGCACCAAGUGGAUCGCGAUUUAAGUCUUUCAAUAUAUCCCAAAAUGUUUCAUAAUAUGGUGAUUCGGAAUAACCUCCAUUCCAAACGGAUCCGCGACAGAAACGUCACCAUCUAUUCCAAAAAUCGCCGGCGUGCAUCCGCACCCAGCGCAUUUACUUUGGAAAUGGGUGUGGGCGAUGUGGUACCGAGAGAUGAUCCCAUAUCGCCUGCCGGAUCUGCGACAAAUCUGACACAUAGCAACCCGAUGUACAAAACUGAAUCUUUCGGCGAGAAACUAAAUUUCGAAUACAUCGAAAGCGAACCUGUGUCGGAGUUCAGUCAAUUUUGAUAUGCUCUAUGAAAAUGAAUUUCUCUGUAAAUUAUCCAAACUUUAUUUGCAUAUCGGGCCAAA